AUGGACAGCGCGAAUCUGUACGACGAGUUCGGGAACUACAUCGGUCCCGAGCUAGGGGAAGAUGAGGAGAGCGGCGGCGAGGAGGAGGAAAUCGACCGACCGCUGCCCGUCGUGGGGGGGGCAGAGGACGAAGACGCAGACCGGCGGGUCGCGGUUCGCGGCUUAGUCUCCAUCGGGGAAGAAGAGGAGGAAGCAACGGCGUCUUCCGCGGCAGUCGUGCCGCACGAGUACAAAAAGUACUACCCCGAUCACGCGGAAGUGUAUCCGGAGGCGGACACAGUAGUGCAGGAGGAAGACACGCAGCCCAUCACCCAGCCCAUCAUCGCGCCUGUCUCAACCGCUGACUUUGACUUGCUGGAGAAGCAGCUCCCGGUCACCUCCUUCUCCUUCGACUACCUCGCCUCGCUCAUGUUUCAGCCGGAGAGCAUUCGCUCGGUGUGCCUGCUGGGUCACCUGCACUCGGGCAAGACGACUUUCCUCGACAUGCUUGUAGAAGAGACGCACCGCCCCCCGCACAACAGCCGGCGGUCAACGCCCGCGACGAACAUCAUGGGGAAGCGUUACACGGACUCGCGCAAAGACGAGCAGCAGCGCGCGCUGUCCAUCAAGGCCGUGCCUAUGUCGCUCGUGCUCCAGGGCAGCCGCUACAAGAACUACCUCUUCAACAUCUUCGACACGCCGGGACACGUGAACUUCAACGACGAAUGCUCCGCCGCAAUGCGCCUCUGCGACGGCGCCGUCAUCGUCAUCGACGCCCUCGAGGGCGUCAUGAGCAACACCGACCGCCUCCUCCGCCACGCCGUCGAAGAACAACUCGAACUCGUCGUCGUCAUCAACAAACUCGACAGACUCAUCCUCGAACUCAGGCUGCCCCCCGCAGACGCCUACCACAAGAUCCGCCACACACUCGAAGAGGUGAACUCGAUUUUGGAGCAAGUUUGCGAAGUCCGCGGGCGCGAGCCGAUUGUGAUUUCGCCGCUGAACAACAACGUCCUCUUCGCGAUGGGGCAGUUCGGCUUGGUCUUCUCCACGCGCUCCUUCGCGAGGCUCCACGUGGAGAACUACGCGCCCGACCGACACGCCCACGACCCGCGCAUGCCGGGCGAGCCUGAGAGCGUCGAGGCGAUCCGCGCGCCCUUCCCCUCUGCGGAGGUCUUCGAGCAGGCCCUUUGGGGCGACCUCUGGAUCCACCCUGAGACCCGAAGAGUCGUCGACAAACCGCCCUUCACGGACGCGCCGCGAACCUUUGUCGAGUUCAUCAUGGAGCCGCUCUACAAGCUCGUGGCUCACGUCGUCGCGGAGGAACAGCCUACGCUGCAGCCUACCCUCGAGGAGCUGGGCAUCUAUCUCAAGAAAGACGACUACAAACUCGACAGUCGAACGCUUUUGAAGAAAGUGCUCUCCCAGUUCUUUGGAGACGCCAGCGCCCUGGUUGAUACCGUCGUCGAGGCGCUGCCCGAUCCGAAGACGAACGCGCCGAAGAAGACCAAACAGCUCUACACAGGCAACCAGGAGGGACGCGUCGCGGAAGAUAUGAAGAAGCUGGACAGUGAGAGCGAUAUUCUCAUGAUCUACUCGACGAAGAACUACCACAGGCCCAACAACUUCCACGCGUUCGACGUGCUCGGGCGCGUCAUGUCUGGCACGGUCUACAAAGGCCAGCGCGUCAAAGUGCUUGGAGAGGCGUUCAGUCUCGACGACGACGAAGACAUGGUUAUCCGCGACAUUUCGCAUCUCUGGGUGCUGGAGGGGCGGUACCGCGUGGAGGUCAGCCACGUGCCCGCGGGCAACUGGGUGCUCAUUGGCGGCGUGGACGUUUCAGUCCUGAAGACUUCGACGAUCACUAACGCCGAUCACGCCGAAGAAGUCGAGAUCUUCUCGCCUCUGCUCUUUAACUCUGUCCCUGUCAUGAAGGUUGCCUGCGAGCCGCUGCAGCCCUCCGAGCUCCCCAAGAUGCUCGAGGGGCUCCGUCGCAUCGACAAGUCGUAUCCGAUCGCGCGGACGCGGGUCGAAGAGAGCGGCGAGCACAUCAUUCUGGGGACGGGCGAGAUGUACCUGGACUGCGUACUGCAUGACUUGCGGAAGCUGUACGGCGACCUCGAAAUCAAGGUCGCCGACCCCGUGGUGCAGUUCUGCGAGACAGUUGUGGAGACCUCGGCGCUCCGCUGCUUCGCGGAGACGCCCAACAAGAAAAACAAAAUCUACAUGCUCGCUGAGCCCCUCGACAAGCAAAUCGGCGAGGAUAUCGAAAAAGGACUCGUGUCCGAUAAAUGGGAGACCCGCGUGCUGGGUGAGCACUUUACGUCCAAAUACGGCUGGGAUGUGCUGGCGGCGCGAUCGAUUUGGGCCUUCGGACCGGACGCGCGGGGCCCUAAUGUGCUGCUCGAUGACACGCUGCCAAGCGAAGUCGACAAGGCGCUGCUGGGGACUGUGAAGGAGAGCAUCGUGCAGGGCUUCCAGUGGGCGACCCGCGAGGGCCCGUUGAUCGAGGAAAAUAUCCGAAAUGUCAAGUUUAAGAUCCUCGACGCCUCCAUCGCCGCGGACCCCAUUCAGCGCGGCGGCGGACAGGUCAUUCCCACGACGAGGCGCGUUGCCUACUCCGCAUUGCUGCUGGCGACGCCUCGUCUUAUGGAGCCCGUGUACUUCACCGAGAUCCAGUGCCCCGCUGACUGCGUCUCCGCUAUCUACACUGUGCUUGCCAGACGCCGUGGCAACGUCAGCCGCGACAUGCCGAAGCCAGGCACGCCUCUGUACAUUGUCCACGCGUACCUCCCGGCGAUUGAGUCGUUCGGUUUCGAAACAGAUCUGCGGACCCACACGUGCGGACAGGCCUUCUGCCUCUCCAUGUUCGAUCACUGGGCGAUCGUGCCCGGCGACCCCCUCGAUAAGGCGAUUCUGCUGCGGCCCCUGGAACCGGCGCCAGCGCCGCACCUGGCAAGGGAGUUCCUGCUCAAGACGCGAAGGCGAAAGGGUCUCAGCGAAGACGUGUCGAUCGCCAAGUUCUUCGACGAUCCCAUGCUGGUGAACAUCGCGACGGACUUGCAACAAUUCCUCUAA